CGAGUGUUACCGGUGCAGUAUCAGAUUGGACACGUCAAAACGAAAGAGGAAAAACUUAUUUUAUUUCCAUCUAAGAGUUUAACAUUUUGAAAUUUUAACGAAAAUGCAAGGAAUGUACAGCAUGCGAAGUCCAGCUGUGAAGCGGCUGAUGAAGGAAGCCCAGGAGUUGAGCGAGCCCACAGAGCAGUAUGCCUGCCAUCCACUUGAGGAUAACCUGUUUGAGUGGCACUUCACGAUCAGAGGACCAGCUGACUCAGAGUUUGACGGAGGACUGUACCACGGAAGGAUUGUCCUCCCUCCAGAUUACCCCAUGAAACCUCCAAGCAUUAUCAUCCUAACUCCAAAUGGUCGGUUUGAAAUCAACCAGAAGAUAUGUUUGAGUAUAUCAGGUCAUCACCCGGAGUCCUGGCAGCCAUCUUGGUCAUUGCGGACAGCAGUAUUAGCUAUAAUAGGGUUCAUGCCAACCCACGGAGCUGGAGCUCUGGGAUCCCUUGAUUACACACCUGAUGAAAGGAAAAUACUGGCCAAGAAGUCGCAGGACUUCAAGUGCCCGUCAUGUGGAAACAUCAACAAUAUCCUGAAGCCAGUGACGGAGGAGUCAAAGAAAACCACGGAGGAGGCAAAAGAGCUGGCUGCUCAAAUAGACUUCAAGGAUGAGAAAGAAAAGAAUGCAGCACUAAAACAGUCACAAGGUAAUUCUACUCCUUCAACCGAAGAGGCCUCCAGCAAUGAGGCCACAGGUGUGGAAGGUGCCCAGGCUUCACCACAGCCGCAGUUCUCCCCUCCCCUGUUGCCCCCACAGAUGGGACAGUUUCCAUUCGGAAUACCUUUACCCCAUGGAUUUCUCCCUCCACACCCACAAGCGACUGGUAACCCUGCCAACCCCGCUACUCAGGUGCCCCGGUUUCCACUGCCUUACAUGUCGCCAUUCUUCCCUCCCAUGCCUCCCCCAAUAUUGCACCCUGUUUUUCCUGGAAUGAGGCUGCAUCCAUGGCAGCAGGGGACGCCAGCACCAGCUUUCUCACCUCCAAGUGGAGAGCAGCGAAGUGAUAAUAAUGCAACCAGUACUAAUGAUAACACACAGAACCCUGAAGGUGUGCAAGACACUAACAGUGAAUCAGAGGGACCAUCUAGUCCAUCUCCUGCUCAACCGGAAAUCCAAACUAUAGACAAUACAAGUCAGGAAGGUCUCAGACAGAGGACUGUGACUCAGUCUGUCCAGAAUACAAGUUCCCUGCCAGGAAGGUCUGCAGAGCUUGGCACAAGACAUGUGCCUCAGACCUACACAAGCAGUCGUUCAGGGGACGUCGCUCUGCUCACGUUUGGACUGUUCGUGAUCAGUGUGAUCAUUCUGCUCUUGAUAAGAAGAAUGCAUAUGAUGAACUUGUUCUCAAUGUUAAAUUGAGGUGUUCAAGUAUUUGGGAUGUGAAAACGUUAAGACAGAAAGUGACAAGUUUUAACUGUAGCAAUAGGGAACUUUGAGCCAUGGGGGGAAAGCCAUCUCAAGAAAUAAACAUUUCAAUACCGGUAGUUUGUUUUAAUUCUGUUGACAUACAUUUCUUCAGUUGGUAUGUAGAUGUGUAUUGUACAUGUAUAUGUAGGUAAGUUUCAUUUAAAAGUUUUUAAACACUGCUCCAAGUGUUCUAUUAGUACCAGGUAAACGACUUGUACUUCGUUAUUGUGACCAUUAUACCUUGAAAUGGAAGGCCUGAAGGUAAUUAGUUAAUGUAAUGAUUGUAGAAAAGUCAACCAUUUAACAUGCAAUGUUUUAUUCUUUAGUUGUUUUUAAACUGCAAGCUUUUGUUACUGUUUGUAUGCUUUGUAUUUGUUAUGAAGAAAAGAGUUUUUGUUUGUUUUUGUUUAUAAUUGCAUAACAAAAGACUUGUCGUUACUGAAGGAGCGAAGGGCAAAGUAGUUCACAAGGAAGUUGUUUUAAUAAUGAUUACAUUGCCUUGCUUUAGACAUUACUUCAGUUCCCUGUGAAUGUUGCUAUUUGCCCUUUAUACGAAUCUUUCAUGUUCAAAGAAAUCCAUUUUGUCUAGUGUCAUCCUUUUUCAGAGGAAGACUCUAUGUAACACCACUUCAACAAUAUCAUCUUAUACAUACUACUUACGGUGUCUGGUCUCUCACAUUCACAUCUUACUAUUAAUACUGACACGUGUCAUUUCUGUCCAUAUGUAAACUAAUUCAAUUAAAUUUGAUUCACAAAUUUUUACACAGAGUAAUUCCUAAUGUGUUUGUGAUUCCUUUGUGCAAAUGUAAGUAAUGAAACUUUACUAUCAAUUAAUUUUGCUCCUUUUAUUCUUUUUUUUUUUUUUUUUAAAUAAGUCAAAGAUCCCUACAUAAUUAUCUGGAGAAGGAUUUUGUUAUUGAUUCCAGAUAAUUAUUGAAGGCAAAAUUUUAAACUUACAUUUAUUCUUAAAUUAUUUUCUUCCCAAAAUAGCUUUGAGCUUUGUACUUGUCCCAUUAGAGCUUCUAACACAACAAUUUUGAUUAUGUUUCUUUCGCUUUUAACAUGAACAUUUUUCUCCCAUUGAUGCAAUUUCAAGAAGAUUGUCACAGAACACAGGCACUUUUGCUUAUCUUCUUCAAAUUAUUUCAGCCACGAUUUGUAAUGUGCAUCACUUAACCCAUUUAGCCGAGAGAACACACUUGUUCUUUUUACUCAUGUUGAUUUUUUAGAAGACCUAUUGACGAUUUAUUUUUACAUCUUAACCAUAACACUGAUCAUAUAACACAUCAUGAGAAUUGCUCACACAAUGAAGCAUGAAUAUACUGAAUAAACCUAUUCGGCAAAUGGCCUAUGAAAGGUAAUGCUAUCAAAUUUAUUUAUUUUUAUAGUCACAUUUGAUCUGUUUUCAAUUUUUCUUUCACUUUUUUGUCCAAUUCAAAAGGAAGUUAGCUAAUUUAAUACAUUUUUUUGAAAUUCAAGUGCUUUUUAAGGAGUUCUUGGUGGUUACAAAUUCAUGUAGUUUGAAAGGAGUGGGUAUCAAAUACAAGACCUGUGCGAACCAUUUGUCUUGUUUGUAUGACAUUAUCUUACAUGUAUGACAUUAUCUUACAUGUAUGACAUUAUCUUAAGACAUAAGUAAUGCCAUACAGGUGAGAUAUGUCACAUUAUCUUACAUGUAUAAUAUGACUUUAUCUUACAUAUACGAUGUUAUCUUAACCUGUAUGAUGUUAUUAAUAAUACAGUCAUUGUUUUGGUCUCAAAGACCUACUGUGAAGGCUUGGAGUUUUCAUUGUUAGCCUUAUUAUAUUAUAUAAAUCUACAAAUACUAUAAUCAAGUCAAUAUACAUGUACAUAUGUAGAUAGAUGUAUAUAGAAUGUGGGAUAUUUAUAUGCUUGUUGUUGUUGUAUGUUUUCAUUAAUGUGAAUGUAUUGUUGAAGGAAAUCCAUUAAAGUCAUUAAUAUUAACACAAUGUUGUUCAUAUUUU